AUGGCUGAUCAAGAAGUUUUAGUUUUAAGAGGUACUUUAGAAGGACACAACGGUUGGGUUACUUCCCUUGCCACCACUCCAGCUCACCCAGACUUAUUAUUGUCUGGUUCAAGAGAUAAAACUUUGAUCAAAUGGAAAUUGACCGGUGGUGAAGAUAACCAAUACGGUAUUCCAAAGAAAUCAUUCAAAGGUCACUCCCACAUUGUCCAAGAUGUUACCAUUUCUGCUGAUGGUGCUUACGCUUUGUCUGCUUCUUGGGACAGAACUUUAAGAUUAUGGGAUUUGGAAACCGGUGAAACCACCCAAAGAUUCGUCGGUCACAAAGGUGAUGUUUUAUCCGUCUCCAUUGCUAAAAACUUGAGACAAAUUGUUUCUGCUUCUAGAGACAAGACCGUCAAAGUUUGGAACACCAUUGGUGAAUGUAUGGCCACUUUAACUGGUCACAACGAUUGGGUUUCUGCUGUCAGAAUCUCCCCAUCUGACCAAUCAUCUACUGUUAUCUCUGCUUCUUGGGAUAAGACUGUUAAGUCAUGGGACUUAGCUGACUACUCUGUCAACGCUGACUUCAUUGGUCACACCGGUUACAUUUCAUGUAUCACUUUAUCCCCAGAUGGUUCAUUAUGCGCCUCUGCUGGUAAAGAUGGUGUCAUCAUCUUGUGGGAUUUGAACAAAAACAAAACCUUGUACACUUUGGAAGCCAAGGCCGAAGUUCAUGCUUUAGCUUUCUCUCCAAACAGAUACUGGUUAGCUGCUGCUACCACUUCUGGUAUCAAGAUCUUCAAAUUACAAGAAAGAUCUUUGUUGGAUGAAUUGAAACCAGAAUUUGCUGUUGGUGCUACUGCUAAAGACCCAGAAGCUAUCUCUUUGGCUUGGUCUGCCGAUGGUCAAAACUUGUUUGCUGGUUACACUGAUAAUGUCAUUAGAGUCUGGCAAGUUAUGACUCCAUCUGCUUAA